CCCACGUGCUGUUUGGCUCUGUGUACUUCAGUGUACCCUUUGUGGGCCAAAUCAACAUCCUACACAACGGUGCUAUGCUGCCUGGUUGGCUUGUACCAAUGCUACUAGUUCUAGCAUGCCACAUUUUAUGACAACUCCGCAUGUGGUGUUUCGCUUGGGGAACCCUUUGUUCAAGGAGCAACAUUUUGGCCACUGAACUGGAAUUGAAUUCAAUCAAGCCAUGCCACCCAACGGUGCUAUGCCGCCUUGUUGACUAUUUAUCGAUACCACUUCUCAGUCCUGCCCGCACCCUCUUCCCCACUCCCUAAAGUCUUGAGAAGGCAGCAUGAAAGGAACGGCUCGAUCCACAUCGAACUCGCAUGGGAGAGUGUGUCGCGCUCUGGGUACCCAUGGGCUCAAGACAGUUCCAACUACUCGGGGGCGAUCGCGGGCUCAGCCAUCCCAACCGCGGCGAAAUGCACGAGAAACUCGUUCGACGCGUGAACAUCGGACGACAGUAAAGGUCCAGAAGGACAGGAAUGGAGCAAAGGGAGAGAGUUCUGUGUCGGACGUCACACUUGUGGAGGUAUCACAAGUCCGCUCAAAGGCGGUUAAGUCGAGUAGCAGUGGGCAUGGCAAAAUGCGGUCAUCUUCAACGGUUGCAGGUAUUCCCAACUCAAAUGGUCACCGACGGACCGAGGAUCGUAGAUUAAGAUGCGAAGUAGGAAAGAUGAACGCCAGAGGCAUUCCCUACGCGAAGUUUUUAGAUGCCACGUUUCCCACCUGGAAAGACCUUCCCGCAAAUUUGGUCAACAAGCUACGAAAUGAAUUACUCGAGCUAAGGGACAAAUACUUGGAGGUUGCGAAGAAUCCGGGCAGCAAGGAGGAAGAUCUCUACACGCCCUUUGCGAAUCUCAUGCACGGAUUUUUGCGUGACAAUGCAGGGCUGAGUGAAUAUGAAUAUGUACCGUCGCAUAGGAAACGAAAGAUCGGUGGCGCGGUCGGGGGGCAGCGCGAGGGUAUCCCUGAUGGAGUCGUUAUCCGCAAGCCGAGUGAAAAGAGCGACCCAACAAAUGCCGAUGAUUUGAAUUGGAGAAAUCUCCACCUUGUCAUUGACUUGAAGACAACGAAGAACUUCGGGGCUUCACUGAACCCUCCCAAGUCGAAUUCGGGGAUGACGGAGGACCAGAUUAAGAAUGAGUUGAAGAAGGAUGGCGGCGUGAGAUUGGACGGGAGGCAGCAACUUGCUAGCUACGGGUUGGAACAACUCUCGAGCAACCCGCUCAAGCAGUUUUGUUAUGGCAUGGUUGUCAUUGGCCACUUCGUCGAAAUGUGGUACUACGAUCGCUCUGGACCCAUAGGAACUGAAGUUAUCGACCUUCGGAAGGAAGACCAUUUUGAGCAGUUUUAUCAGCACAUGGUGGCGAUAUCGGGCGCAAAUCCUUCCGGCCUUGGUUUCAAUCCUCAUUUUAAUACCAUCAAAUGGCCGAUUCCUGUCGAUUCCCAGAAGAUCACCAUCGGCGGCCGGCUCAUCUCAUUCGACGCGUCUAAGCCUAUUCAUAUCUCACGCGGGCUCACUGGGAGGUGCACGACCGUGUUCCCUGCGUGGGAGAAAACCUUCGGUACCGAGUCGGAACCCCCAUACGUUCUAAAGCUCUCUUACCAACCCUGCGACCGUAAGCCUUCGGAGGCAGACCAUUAUGCCCUCCUGUUGGCAAAGGGAGUUGAGGGCAUACCGGAAAUUCUCUGUUCGGAGAAAUUCCCCAGUCUUGCAGAGGAAGGGCCACGGGGUGCACUCAUGAAACAUCUCCCUGGUCAUGAAUUCGGUCCGAUGCGAUAUCUUGAAGCUAUUGUCAUGGCUGACAAAUUGAAGCCUAUCACGUCCAUCGAUAUCAAUAAGGACACCAAAGUGUUUUUCCAAGUUUUCCUUUCCACCAUUGAAAUACAUCGUCAGGCAUUUGCGAAAGCAAACAUACUCCACCGGGACAUUCACGUCGACAAUCUCAUGUGUAUGGAUGUAGAUGGGGGACCAACGGGAUUUUUGAUCGACUGGGAUUUUGCUAGUGGGCCGGAUUCUCAUCCCCCGGAGAAUCUAGAGCAAACUGCCUUCACACUGAAUGGGAAGUUUCUUGCCAUUGAUCUCCUCCGAACAGAAUCUCAGGCCCGCUUCUAUCGCCACGAUCUCGAAUCGUUCUUUUGGCUCCUUUGGUCAAUUGUUCUAACGCAAGCCAGUAUCGUCGAGUGGGGGGAAAUUGUGUCUAAAUGGGAGCAAGACACCGUAGACGAACGUAGGGCCCGGAAAACGUAUUUCCUCGAUCGGACAGUGCAGGAAGUAAUUGCAAGAUUGAUGGAAUGCGAAGAGAGCGGUCUCUCCCAUUCGGGCGUCAUAGAGUGUCUUGUCCAGUUGAGCUUUCUUAUUUCCGAUGGUCAGGACGCUUUGCUAUACAGGACUGAGGUGACGAACGUUGAGACUGCUGAUGAUCACAUCACAUAUGCCAAGUUUGUAGCUGCUCUGGAGCUUGCGAUACAAUGAUUACAUGAUUAUAGGCCCGGAGCCUUCAAGA